CAUACAUCAUGACUCCUCACGCUUCCUAUCCAUAUUCAGACCAGCCAUCGCCUGGUUCUGCAACAGAAUGCUCUGAUAAGGCCGAAUACCCUUCGAACAGCGAAUGUGCACUGGAUGACACCGUUGCCAUUGUUGGGAUGGGAUGUCGAUGGCCCGGCGGCGUAACCACACCAUCACAGCUAUGGGACCUAUUAGCGAAUGGAAAAUCCGGCUAUAGCGAUUUUGAUGACGAUAGUAAACUCAACAUCCCAGGCUUCUACCACCCCAACCCACAGCGACCCGGCAGUACCCCUGCGCGAGGGGCUUACCAACUUCGAGAAGAUCCAAAGCUCUUCGACCACGCCUUCUUCGGCAUCACACCGACAGAGACUCUAACACUAGAUCCACAGCACCGGAAACUUCUGGAGGUCGUGUACGAGGCCUUCGAGGAUGCUGGAGAACCAUGGGAGAAGUUUUCCGGAUCGCGAACGGGAGUCUUCGUUGGCAACUUUACGGCCGACCAUAACCUUAUGCAAAGUCGAGAUAUCGACAAUUUAUUGCCCUAUUCAACGACUGGAGGCAGUACCAGUAUUCUGAGCAAUCGAAUCAACUAUAUUUUCAAUCUGCAUGGACCAAGUUUGACGCUCGAUACCGCGUGUUCAUCGUCGCUAUACGCGCUUCAUCUUGCUGUAAACGCAAUCAAAAAUGGCGAUUGUGAUUCCGCCAUCGUCGGGGCCGGUAAUCUCAUUCUGAGUCCUGAUUUACAUCUCUCACUGUCGAAGCUCGGCGCGCUGUCACCGACUACAACAUGUCAUGUCUUCGAUGCAGCAGCAGACGGAUAUGCCCGGGGCGAGGGCUUUGCUGCGUUUUACCUGAAAAAGACUUCAGAUGCUGUAGCAGGCUCAUACCCCAUUCGAUCUGUCGUCCGAGGUACUGCCAUAAACUCUAAUGGGCGAACUGCCGGGAUCACGCAUCCGAGUGCGGAGGGUCAAGUGGAAGUCAUACGCCAGGCCUACGCAAAUGCGAACUUGGAUCCGAGCAUGACCGGCUACUUCGAAGCACAUGGAACCGGUACGCAAGUCGGCGACCCAACGGAGAUUAACGCGAUCGGGCAGGUGUUCUCCCAAAGCUCGGGAACAAGCGACCUUCGUAUUGGCUCAGUCAAGUCGAAUAUUGGGCACACAGAGGCAGCGAGUGGUAUGGCUGGUUUGAUGAAGGCCGUGUUGUCCAUGGAGAAUGAACUGAUACCUCCUACCAUUGGCAUACGCCGACUGAAUCCCAGGAUCGACUUCAAGGGAGCACGCGUACGACCUGUGACUCGACUUGAGCCGUGGCCAGUGGAUCGACUCAGGAGAGUUAGUAUCAACUCGUUUGGCUAUGGUGGUGCGAACGGUCAUUGUGUCUUGGAUGAUGUUUCUGUGGCGCUUCCAGGAGGCACCCGACGUAUGGUAAUCUUACCAUUCUCUGCUAAAGAAGAAACUGCUUUGAAGGAGAACAUGCAAGCGAUUUCCAAUGUCAUGUACGACUCCGACUUGGCGGAUCUCAUAUAUACGCUAUCAGCAAGACGGUCAAGAUUUAAACACCGGGAUUAUUGCGUCGUCGACGCUCAGCGAUCAAGUGCAAACCUAGACAUCAAAACCACAACGCCUUCCAAGCCAGUCGCAGGACAAAAGCCAAAUAUUGGCCUCGUCUUCACAGGCCAAGGCGCGCAAUGGGAAGGUAUGGGAGCAGAGCUUUUCGAGUACGCCGUGUUUCGGAAUUCUAUCGCGCACCAAGACAGUACUCUGGCAUCCCUGUCAAACGCACCUUCCUGGUCAAUCUAUGAUAUUAUCUCCGGGAAAUUGAGGGACAGACUCCAUGAACCGAUGAUAUCCCAGGCGGUAUGUACAGCACUCCAAGUAGCACUCAUCGAUCUGCUUCGCUCCUGGAAAAUGGAAUGGAUCGGUGCAGCUUACGCUGCUGGACUCGUCACGGCCGCAGAAGCUAUCACCAUCGCUUAUUGCCGUGGACUCGCUGUGGCAAGUAACAAGAAGAGUGGACUGAUGCUAGCUGUUGGCCUCGGAAGAGAUGAAAUUGAACCAAUAGCUGCUGUCAACUCACCGGCGAGUGUGACCCUCUCUGGAGACACCGCGCCGGCUAUGGAACUUUUCGAGAUCCUCCUAUCAAAAGGCGUGUUUGCUAAGCUGCUGCAGACCGGUCGCAACGCGUAUCAUUCGCAUCACAUGGCGUCAGUUGGCGAUACGUAUCUGAACGUGAUUGAUUCUACCUCUUCCAGUGCUCGACGGCAAGAAUGUGAGUGGUUCUCAUCAGCGACACCAGAUAAACCAAGAGAUGGGUUGAAACUGGAUCCAAUGUACUGGCGAUGGAAUCUUCAGGCACCAGUCCAGUUCUCGCGGGCAGUCGAAAACAUGAUGGCAUCCACAACAGCUAAAUCUCCCCUGCGUCAGAUUCUAUUCCAUCUCGGCAAGGAGUUCUCAUACCUCCCUACUCUUCGAAGGCACGAAGAUGGAAUGCAUGCACCUAUCGACCUCCGAAUCGCCAACUCCACCGAUAAGGUUGACGAAAAGGGCAAUUUGCUGGGAUAUGAGCAUGGAUCCAUCUACGGGCCAAUAAUAUACCACGAGAACCGUUUGAGCAAAGAAAAUCGCCUGCGGAAACACCUCAAGCACGAUAUCCUGGGCUCGAAACAGCUAGGUGGUUCGAGGCUUCGUCCAAGCUGGCGAAAUGUGUUACGGAUCAAAGAUAUACCAUGGCUCAGCCACCAUAGGCUGGCUCCACAGGCAGUUUUCCCAGCUUCUGCGUACAUUUGCAUGGCCAUUGAAGCUGCAGCGCAGUUCUUCCACGAUGAGGACAUAAUCAAUUCAGCUGCUGGCUUCACUAUCCGCAAUCUAUUGCUGAAUUCAGCGCUUGUGAUACCCGAGAACGAUGCUGGGGUAGAAGUGAUCCUGGAUCUCGAUGCUUCGAAGACUAUGCAGUCGAAAGACAAAAUGACGUGGUGUACUUUCAAAAUCAGCUCCAUCGUUGUGGGUACAGAUACCUGGACUGAACAUUGUUCUGGGAUUAUCAAACCAAACACAAAGCGAGACACUCCGGCGCUCAUGUCGGACGCAAUGGACCGCCGCACCAUCAGUGCAUCGAAAUGGUACAAGAGAUUUCGUGACGUGGGCCUUGAUUACGGCGAAAGUUUCCGGAGGCUUACCGAAUUGUCGUCUGACCCGCUAUUGAAUGUCGCGCAAGCCAAAGUAGCGUUGCAAACAACAUCAGAACUCUUCAACGGGCCCGAGUCCGCCUACCUCAUACAUCCAGCUGCAUUAGACAUGUGUGCUCAACUUGCCCUUAUAGCGGCUCAUGGAGGCCAAGUCGAGCAGAUGAGCACAGCCUAUGUUCCGUCUUUCGUAGGAGAGUUGACUAUCUGGGCUCCGACAACCCAUGGUCACGACUUCGGCACUGCAACUGCAAAGGGUGCAUGCCGCGGCUUGCGGGGGGCCUACGCUAAAGCGCAAUUGGUGAAUACUUCCGGAGAAUUGAUGUUGGAUAUUAUCGAUAUUCGAUGCACCGCGUAUUCUGGUGUUUCCCAGGAGCAAAGGAGCGUAGAAAAAGCUUCUGGAUCGCCAUAUAUGCGUCUUGUCUGGAAGCCAUAUCUGGAGAAGAUGAGUUGGGAGCAAGCACGAACUUUGUUCCCACCAACAGAGACAACCGGAGGCAUGGAGAACAUGUUCGCAGACGUUGAUAAACUAGGUGCUUUGAUGGUAAUAGACAUUGCGGAGAAUUUUGGUGAUCAUGCGAGCGAUCUAGAUCUAACAGACCACUUCCAAAAGUUUCUGGCCUGGGCUGGGCGAAUGGCAAAUUCUGCAUCAUCGAUGGCGAUAGAAGCCGCAGCGACUUCGAGCGCAGACCGUAUAUCGUUGAUCAACGAGCUGUGCAUAAAGCUUCAAGACGUCGUCGAAGUUCCGAUCUCCAAACGUAUUUAUGACAACCUAGAUAAUAUCCUCACAGGCACGAAAUCAAGCCUCGAGGUCAUUCGCCAGGACGAUUCGCAUUCGAAGAUGUACAAUUCGGGAUUGGGUAUCUCAGCAGCAUACACGCAGCUUGAGCGCAUAGUUGACCUGCUCGCCCAUGCUAAUCCGGGCAUGAACAUCCUAGAAAUCGGCGCCGGAACCGGUGGCGCGACUAGAGUUGCGCUCAGGACCCUGGAUGGCGAGAAUUAUCUUCGGCGAUAUCAUACGUACACCUUUACCGACGUCUCACAUGGCUACUUUCUCGAAGCGCGGAAAGAGUUCUCACAAUAUCACGGACUAGAUUUUGGCGUUCUAGAUAUCGAGCAGGCGCCGUCGAGCCAGGGAUUCGAACCAAUAUACGACCUAGUCAUCGCUUCAUGCUCAAUCCAUGUUACCAAAGACAUCAACCUAACUCUUAGUAACGCCCGUUCCUUGUUGCAACCCGGAGGCAAGCUCCUCAUCUUGGAAUGUACUCAACCCAAAAUCACCCACGGACUUGUUCUGGGUACGCUACCAGAUUACUGGAUUGGGACGGAGGAAGCUCGUAAGGACAGUCCUUUCCUUCCGGUCGAGGCAUGGCAAACAAUGCUUUGCGAGGCUGGCUUUUCAGGUAUCGAUAUUGAACUGGACGAUUAUCCUCAACCCUAUACCAUGAUAUCGACAUUCCUCACAUCCGCUGUGGAGGUUGGGACAUUGCCUGUUGCGCUUGAUCAAGCGCUUUCUGAACUGGAUUCCACCCCGGUCCAAAUUGUCUCGUUCUUCGGUCUAAACCCUGCUUCGUAUAUCGAUAACCUCAAGGCCAAUCACCUGACUGGGCCAACAUAUGCGUGGCUUGAUAGUAGCGAAAACCUACCAGAACAGUCUCGAGUGAUUGUGCUUUCCAAUGGCAGCUCUCCCCUACCAAAUAGCAAUUCGCAGUUCUCCGCGAUCAAGCGGGUGCUAUCAAAAUCGCAAUCAGUUCUCUGGAUUAACAUUGCAGACGAUUCCAUCGAUUCAUAUCCAUAUGUUGGAGUGGUGAACGGGUUGCUUAGAGUGAUGGCCGCUGAAAACCCUUCAAUAGUUUACACCAGCGUCAGUGUCAGCACCGGCGAUCUAGAAAACGACAGUUCGAUGGAGCAGAUUCUGGAGCUACAUGGAACUCUCUUGACCAAGGGCGAAAGUUCACUAAACGCCGAAUACCAAAUAGUUGAUGGCACCCUCAGCAUAAGUCGAUUGAUUGCCGACAAUGAUCUGAAUGAACGCUCUUUGCAUGUUCAAACAACCGACGCACAGCUGCUUCCAAUCGGUGACCAGCCUCCACUCGCAGCUUCAUUUGCGACACCCGGCAUCUUAAGCUCAGUGUUCUUCGAGGAAGACACGGCGUUCUGGAAGCCACUAAGUGACAAUCAGAUCGAAGUGCGCACAGUCGCUGUCGGGUUGAAUUGGAAAGAUCUUGCAGUCUGUGCAGGGCGGCUCGACUUGGACAACUUUAGCUCCGAAUGCUCCGGCAUCGUGACGAACGUCGGCAAAGAGGUGACGACCUUCCAGGUUGGCGAAAAGGUGUUUGGCAUCUCGAAAGGGAAGUUUGGAAACUAUAUGCGCUGUCAUAGCUCCCUUGUCCAACACAUGCACGCUGAAAACUUCACUGAGAUGGCAGCGGUUCCCGUAGUAUACAUGACCGCCCUAUAUUCUCUCAUCAACCUAGGACGUGUCGAAGCAGGAGAAAAGAUAUUGAUCCAGUCCGCAUCUGGUGGUGUUGGUAUCGCGGCGAUUAACCUCGCCCGCCGUCUAGGAGCGGACAUAUGGGUCACUGUUGGAAACCAGGAGAAGCGCGCAUUCCUUCGAGACACGACAUCUCCCAGCAUAGAGGCGGUCAAAGAAGCAACCGGAGGAGCUGGUUUUGACCUUAUCCUAAGUAUGGGCUCGGGUGACGCUGGACGUUUCGUUGACGUUGGUCGUGUCGAUGUGCAGAACCAUGCAACGAUGGCUCUGGAGGUCUUCAAGCGUAAUGCCACAUUCUCCUCUUUCGACCUCGGCAUUCUCAUCGAAGAUAAGCCAGCGCUGUGCGGCAAGCUUCUUGCAGAGGUGACUGAGAUGUUGCAUAAUGGCUCAUUACCACCAGUUUCGCCCAUCAAGACGUUCGGGAUCUCUCAGCUUGCGCCAGCCCUGUUGUAUCUCUCAAAAGGAACCCAUGUCGGAAAAGUUGUGAUUACGUAUGACGAUCAUUCAUCACUGAUCAACAUGGUACCACCUAAAUCAGGAGUGCGGUUCGAUUCUACAGCAAAGUACGUACUUGUCGGCGGUCUCGGGGGUCUUGGACGAAGCAUCAUCUCCUGGAUGACUGAAAGAGGAGCUAGGAAUUUCGUUACCCUGUCCAGGUCUGCUCCGGACCAAGCGGACAGCCCUUUUAUUUCCAGUAUCGCUGCACAGGGUUAUAGCCUUGAGCAUAUCUGCUGUGAUGUGUCACAUCUGAGCGAAGUAGAAGCUGUGAUAGCUCAAACUUCGCAAUCAGGUGUCAUCAAAGGGAUUGUGCAUACGGCCGUUUCACUCCAGGACAAACUUUUCGAUUCUCUCACUUUCUCUCAGUGGCAACGUGGACUAGCCGUCAAGGUCGAUGGGACUAUCAAUCUACACAAAGCAUCGCUCCAUCUUCCACUGGAUUUCUUUGUCCUGGUCAGCUCUAAUGUAGCGCAAGUUGCAUUGCCGACACAAGCGACAUACUGCGCAUCGAACAACUUCCAAAAUGAGUUCGCCAGGUACCGUCGAAGCAUAGGCUUGCCAGCUAUGGCCGUCGAGUUUGGACUAAUCGAAGAAGCGGGCGAUUUGGGCCAGAAUCCUGUGUACCAUAACGCUACGAUGAGGAAUGGGCUUUACCACACGAGCGAGUAUGCCUUUUUGGAACACCUGGAUCAUGUUUUCGCCAACAUUGGAAUUGAUAACCAGAUGUCUGAUUGGAGGCGAUAUGAUAAUCGCGCUGAUGGGCACCUAAUCACUGCGUUGGACCCGGCACGGUUGUUGGAGCUUGAAAAGGCGCAGCAGGGAACAGCCUCUAGUGAACUCUUUUCUAAGGCAAGAUGGCAUUCGGACGUACGAUUCUCUCAUAUCAUUCGGGCGAUGGAGAAUCUUGCUGCCUUGGACGAGGGUGCAACCGCCAAACCCCACACUCCAUUAAACUCCAGUUCGGACGCUCAAGCUGCUCUUUCGGAAGUGGAUGCCAUAGUAGGAUCGAAAGAUAUCGGAGAAGCCACUCUUUUAGUAACCAAGUCCAUCAUCGCUCGCAUGGCAGACAUGCUGUUCAUCUCUGCCGAGGGCAUCGACGCAACAAAAGGCGUCGCAGCCUAUGGAAUGGACAGCCUGAUCGCAGCUGAGUUGCGAAACUGGUUUGUUAGCACCUAUAAGUGCACGAUAUCGUUCCUGAAGUUGCUGGAUACAGCGACAAGUAUAACGGAGUUGGCGGAUAUUGUUAUCGCGAGUAGGGUGGAAGUAGUAGGCAAAGGGUGAUUCGUUUGCAUCUACGCUUCAGGGAAUUCAUAUGACGAAGAUUAAUGGGCCCAUGGCGAAGUUGCAGGAAAUGAUUACUAGAAGCUCUGUGGGAGCUUUAAACCUCUUCUUCUCCUCUCGUUGCGGGGAUGCGCGCGCAUACCAGGAAGGUUUCAUUUUGUCACGAGGUAUGAGGGUCGGGACAAUAGACAAGAGAUUUUCAAAUGGCGCUUCGAGAUGAACGAAGGAUGUGAAAGAUGAU